UGACUCAGUUGGUGGAUUGUCAACAGCACGACUUGAUGCGUUUGGUACGUGGAGCUGACAACACCUUAGUGCCAAAAAAUUCGUUAUUUUUACAAUAUAUAUAAACAUUUUUUUAAAUUUGGUUCAUUUUCGGAACACCCCGGACAAAAUGAAGCCUCCUACUUUCGAGGCUUUUUCUGAGGCACCCUGAGCAUCAUGGAUGUAUGAAACCUGACUCCGCCACAGGCAGAUGCAAGUCUCAGGCUGGAUUGAAUGGCACUGAGGAUACAAGAUUAACUCAGGGGGGGAACUGAAAUGACCAGCCAGCAUCCCAACUAUGGAGUCAGCUCAAACUCAAACAAGCAGCCACCUGCCAUGGGUCCAAAGCUCCAGGUCCAGGGAUCCCUGUCAAAGGAGAGCAUCACCAUCCACUUCUCUGCUUUGGGGAAGGAGGAAGAGGAGGAAGAGGAGGAAUUGAAUUGCACAACUGUGACCAGCAAUUCAUCUGUUUUAAAUGACUCAAAUGUAGUGACGGCUAUUGAAGCGAGCGAGGAAAUGUUUGAAGGGGGCUCUCUUCAACCGUCUCCUAGUUCAGGCGUGACACCUGCAUCAUCCAGACUCUCUCCUAGUUCAAAACAUCGCAGUCCUCCUUCGCAGACCCGAUCCACAUACAGUUUUGACAAAACCUCUUCCAAUUCUUCGCCCACAAAGUCUUUAAGCUACCCUUCUAUUGAAAAACCAGUUCUAAGUCUGCUAAAAAAUCCCUCCUCUGACACCGACCCUCGCGAUGGAGCCUCAUCCACCUCAUUAAGACACAGACAACUCAUGAAGAAUCUUGUGAAGUCUUUAUCCUCGGAUACAUCCCAGGAGUCAUCCUCUUCAUCCUCAUCCUACCGUCUGCCAGAGUCGCGCCUCAACCUGCAACUCUUUAAGCAGUUUGCACAAUCUCGACUGCCUGCUGCUGCUGCUGCGUCGCUAGCUAGUGAUUCUAAAACUGCGCCCUCCUCGCCACUUACCUCCCCAGACAGCCGCAGCUUCUUCAAGGUUUCUGAAGUCGAGGCACGAAUUGAGGACACCAAGCGCCGCCUUUCUGAAGCCAUUUCAGAACCUCUGCAGCUGUUUAGUAAGAUGAUGGAUGAAAGGAGUAGCAACCUGGUUGGCAGCAGCCUGUACCGGCCUAAGGUGCUCUCAUCCAGCGCCACAGAACUCACCACCAUCAACAGUCAGCUGGAGAACAACAACAACUACAGCAUCAAGGAGGAGGAUGGAAGCGAAAGCCCCAGCAGCUGGACCUCAGUUACCCCUGAUGACUCCUCUGCUAACACUAAAAGCCCCAACAAGUCAUUCUCUGUGGCCCUGGACAAGUGCACCAUGUCUGCUCUUGCCAAACAGGAAGACGAGGACUUUUGCAUCCUGAGCAAUGAGGACUUUGAAUUGUCCCCCAUUGCAGAGGCUCUUGACAGAACCGAUAAAACCAGAACAGGUAAACAAGUUCCAGUAAAUGGCCGUGAAGACAGUGUUGACAGAUGUGAAGGUACUGAGCCAGCCCCGGAUAUUCCACACUACACUCUCACAGGCUUUACUCUUCUGCUCUAUGGAUGUUUCGUGUUGCCUCUGCCGAGUUACAUUGGAGGGAUGCUGCUUGGGAUAGGCCUGGGAUUUUAUUUUGCUCUUGGCGUGGUGUGGCUAACGGGACCAAAGCGUUCUGAAGGACGUCAAGGACAUUCCUCACAGCAAGGGAGGCCAUCAAAUGCCACCAAGUUGGAAAUUAAGGAACCAGAAAUCUAUAAGGGGUGGAUGAACGAGAUCUUUAACUAUGACCCAGAGACGUACCACGCCACACUGACCCACUCCGUGUAUGUCCGGGUGGAGGGCUCCACCAUCCGUCUUUCCAAACCCAAUCACAACAUCGCCCGUCGAGCUGCGCACAACGAUUCCAAACCUGACGUAACUUUUGUCAGCCAGAAGAUCUACGACCUCGCCAACAGCAAAGUGUAUUUAGUGCCUCCUGGUUUGGCCAGAAAAAGAGUGUGGAACAAAAAAUAUCCAAUUUGCAUCGAACUUAGCAGACAAGAUGACUUCAUUUCAAAGGCUGAAGGUGAUCGCUCGGAGCCCAGUGACGGUGUCGGCACGUCGGAGACCGGAGAGGCGAACCACGGAGCGUCUUCCCCCUCCAGCAAAGACUUGACCCUUUUCCUGUUUGGGAGGACAGGGAGGGAUAAGGAGGAAUGGUUUCAGAGGUUUCUGUCGGCCUCAAACCCCAAAGUGGACACGAGAAAAGCUUCCCGAGUGGGCAAUGCCUGGAGCUCUCACAGCCGGAACGGCAGUCGCAGCAGCCUUGACGAGCUGCUCGCAGCUCAGCCUCGGUUGAAGGAUUCAGCAGGUUCUUCAACAACAAGCAGUGCCAAAAGCAAGCCUCCUCUGGACUACAAUGUCUACAUGGGCUGCUUACUGCCGAAGCAGCCUGCAGUUGGAGCCUCAGCUUCCUGCCCCGCUCUUCAGAGUCUGCAGAGCAGCCCCGGAGCAGAGAAGAAGCCUCACAGCACCACUGCAGCUCAGGUUCAGCCCAAGGGGGAGGAUGAGGAGGAGGAGGAGACCGUUGCCUGGGUAAAUGCCGCUAUGGGCCGGGUCUUCUGGGACUUUCUGACGGAGCCAUACUGGAGCAAAGUGGUCUCCAAGAAGAUUCAGAUGAAACUCAGCAAGAUACGGUUGCCUUACUUCAUGAACGAGUUGACGCUGACGGAGCUGGACAUGGGAUCCGCCACUCCCAGAAUCCAUGCCGCAUCUGCACCCUACUGCGACUAUCGAGGUCUGUGGUUUGAUCUGGAGGUGUCCUACUCUGGAUCCUUCCUGAUGACCCUGGAGACCAAGAUGAUCCUCAACCGUCUGGGCAAAGAGGGGGAGAACCUCCGCUUAGGAGAGUUUGGCAAAGAUGGAAACAGGCCCCGCACCUACUGCCUGGCCUACAGCGAUGAAGAGUCCUCCAGUGCUGGUUCAUCAGACGAGGAAGACUCCUCCGAACUGUCAAAUGACUCGGCUGGAGCAGAGGGCUUUGUGGGCGGACAUAAAGCCAGCAAAAUCCUGCGCUUUGUGGACAAGAUCACUAAAUCCAAAUACUUCCAGAAAGCUACAGAGACCGAGUUCAUCAAAAAGAAGAUGGAGGAGGUGUCCAACACCCCCCUGCUGCUCACCGUAGAGGUGCAGCACCUCCAGGGAACGCUGGCUGUCAACAUACCUCCUCCCCCCACAGACAGGAUCUGGUAUGGCUUCAAGACUCCCCCUCGCCUUGAACUGAAGGCAAGACCCAAACUUGGAGAAAGAGAAGUGACUCUGGCUCAUGUCACCGACUGGAUUGAAAAGAAACUCUACCAGGAAUUCCAGAAAAUCCUCGUCAUGCCAAACAUGGAUGAUGUGUGGCUGACCAUAAUGCACUCUGCCAUGGACCCACGCACAGCUGGCGGACCCUUAGUUGGCCCCUCAACCGACCCGCCCCUUUCCUAACUGGGAGAGACGACUCCAGCCAGCCAUGAAGAUUGUUUACAGUAUUACCUGACUCUCAUGAAGUUUUAAAACGGGAUCUGGAACCAAAGUCUUUACUUUUGACUCCGCUAAAACACAAACUCUGUCUCCUCUGGAGUUUCCUCACACCUUAAACUAUGAAUUUUACAGGAAAAAGGUUUGCUCAACCAAGUAGACACUAAAACAAACUUCUGCUUGCUGCUAUGUUAAAUACUACAACACCAAUAAACGCCUUCGUGCACAGCAACAGAUAUUUGAAGGUGAAGUUGUUAGAAGUGGAUGCAAUCACCAGAUACCUUAUGGUCUGCAGAUGACAUAAAACAUAUGACGCAAGAGCUUAACGUCCUGAUUUUUGCAGUUUGAGUUGCUUUUAAUGCUGCACAGUCAGAAUGUGAUGGAGGAGCUGAAGCGCUUGAUAUCUCCUUUUUUUUUAAAGUCUUUUCUGGGUUAAUUCUGGUGUUCAGAAACAGUAUUUUUUGUGCUGUGAUCAGACUUUAAACGCACCAUUCCCCCUUGCUAUUUUUGUUUUUGUGUUACUGAUUGGAUGAUCCUAAAUGGAGUUUAAUGAAUGUGGAACUUCCACAUUAAGGAGCAAAUGCACAAACCGUGUAAGUGCAAUGAAGGAUGCACACGCGCUUGUAGAGAUCAUAACAGAGUGUGCAGAAGGAAAAAUGUUUAACAAAUGUAUGAAUGGAUGUUUUUGAUCCAGUUGUGUGAAAGCAGUUCUUAGCUACGAUUGACUGGAGUUUGCAAAUGAUUGCACAGUACAAUUUUCCUUUUCUGUGAUGAGCACAGCGUGUCAAUGAGGGGAGGGGGAGUGCUGUGUUUGGGGAAUGCGCCACUUUUACUGGCAUUAACGGUGAUCCCGGGAGUUCGUCCAGACGACAAACCAUAAAUGUGCUAGUGCUUUAAAAUGACCCUAAAUGCCAUACUGUAGGUGGACAGACGCCUUGAUGUGGUGAGCAUCUGAAGUUGAGGUACACAAACCAUCUAUUGCCAGGCAUGUACUGCCGUGUCUACAGGUUUUCUAGUUUAAAAAGAACCUUUUUAACCAUGUUUCCAAUCUUAGCCAAAGUCUGUGAGUGCAGGAUUGUUCUCCUGUGCCUGAAGGUACACAAAUGAAUUCCUAAAGCAUUGUGGGAAAACAUUCACUAAAUUACAUACAUCUCUCUUGUUUACAGAAUUCUUACCUUUUUAAUCGGUUUGCUAUAGUAAAGCACUGUAACAAAGUUGAUUUUUGUCUGCAUAAUUACCUUACUUUCCUUUAUGCCUUUGUUUAAUUUUGUAAAGUAUUCCUUAAUGCCAAUGUGGAUGAUGAUCAUGUUGUUGUUUUUUUGUCUGCUUCUUAACCCAGAAUGAAGCUGUUUUGUUUUUGUUUUUGACGGAUAUAUGGAGAAUAUAAUUUGUUUCUGUACAUUUUGAAUGAAUUUUUUUUUCUAAUAAUUUUAAGGCCAAAUCCAGUGAUUAUAAACCUGCCUUAUUUAUAAAGCACAAUAAACCUGUUAGCCUUGUUAUUAAAGAUUCUGAAUGAUC